AUGAGUCCUCACAUAACCGACGCCCCUCCGGCUUUUGAAGACAUGGAGAACUUUCAGGAAAAGGUCGUGGUGGGUGACGAUACAUCUCUUGCGGACGACGAGAAGAACUACGAUACACCUACCUACAGGCAGGAUGCCUUUGGUGACGAGACGGACGCGGAAGUCAAGUACAAGGUUCUGAAGUGGUGGCAAUGCGGUCUGCUCAUGGUUGCAGAGACCGUUUCUUUAGGCGUUCUGUCACUGCCAGCUGCUGUGGCUGUACUGGGCUUGGUUCCCUCGCUCAUUGUCUUGGUCUGUCUCGGCAUCGUGGCUACCUACACAGGAUACGUGAUCGGACAGUUCAAAUGGCGGUAUCCUCAUGUCACCAACAUGGCUGAUGCGGGUGAGGUGUUGAUGGGAAGAGUGGGCCGAGAGAUCAUGGGAACUGGCCAGAUUCUGUUCCUGAUCUUCGUCAUGGCAAGCCAUCUCCUCACCUUCACCAUUGCCAUGAACAAGAUCACCGAUCAUGGUACCUGCUCGAUUGUCUUUGGUGUGGUGGGCAUGGUGGCCUCUUUCAUUUUGUCUCUGCCCCGGACCCUGGCCAAGAUGUCCUGGCUCUCCAUUGUUUCUUUCACCAGCAUCAUGUCUGCCGUCUUCAUCUGCAUGAUCGGCGUGGGCAUCCAGCACCCCGGCAAGAAGGUCAUGGCGACUGUCGACACUGAUCUGGUCCACGGCUUCGCCGCCGUUACCAACAUCGUUUUUGCUUUCUCCGGACAUGCCGCUUUCUUCGGCAUCAUGGCCGAACUGAAAGACCCACGCGACUACCCCAAGGCUUUGGGAUUGCUGCAAGCCGUCGACAUCUCCCUCUACACCAUCGCCGCCACCGUCAUCUACGUCUACGGUGGUGCCGAUGUCUCGUCUCCAGCACUGGGCUCCGCGAGCCCUAUCGUCUCCAAGGUCGCCUACGGCAUGGCCUUGCCAACGAUCAUCAUCGCGGGCGUGAUUAACGGGCACAUCGCCUUCAAAUACGUCUACGUUCGCAUCUUCGCCGGCACAGACCGCAUGCACAAACGCGACUGGGUCGCCGUCAGCUCCUGGGUCGCCAUCGCCCUCUCCCUCUGGAUCAUCGCCUGGGUCAUCGCCGAGGCGAUCCCCGUCUUCAGCAACCUGCUGAGUCUCAUCGUAAGUCACACCACACCCCUCCCCUUGCUCCUGCAACCUCCACCCACUAACAUCCUCCUUCCAAAGACCGCCCUCUUCGCCUCCUGGUUCACCUACGGCCUCAGCGGCAUCUUCUGGCUCUACCUCAACCGCGGCCGCUACUUCUCGUCCCCACGCAAGAUCCUCCUCACGCUCGUCAACCUGUUCUGCAUCGCCAUCUGCCUCAUCCUCUGCGGCCUGGGCCUGUACGUCUCCGGCAAGCAGAUCCACGAUGAUCCCAGCAGCACGAGCUUCUCGUGCGCGAACAACGCCUAG